GGUGCGCGGGCCGGGGCUCGCCGGGCGGAUCUCGGUGGGGACUGGGAUCUCCCGCAGCGCGCUGGGCGCCGCAGCCCGCUCCCGCGCGGAGCCCAGGCGGCCGCCGAGCCGCGGCCUGGCGCGGGGCGGGCUGGAUCCCCGCGAUCCCCGCAGCCCCCUCCGCUGGCGGGGCGGCCGCAUCCCCCUGCCUUGCUUUCGCCGCGAGCGGGGGGGGGGGGGCGGAAAGCGGCUUUGUUAGCGGCUGCCCGCGGAGAGCUACCCGCCCCCGGCGCUGCCCAGGCCCCGGGGCUGCGGCCUCGGCCCCGGCCCGGUCGCCCCCACCCCCGUGCCGCCGUGCCUGUCGGUGAUUGAUGGGAAGAUGCCGGCGCGGAGGCGGAGGCCGGUGAAGGGGCGGGGGGCCCAGCCCCGCCGCUGAGGCGGCGCGGGGGCGGGGGGCGGCGCGGGUGCCCCUGCGCGGGGAGGCGCUCGCCCCGCCGUGGGCGCGGAGGGGCCGCCGCCGUCACCGGCGGGAGCUGCCUGCCGCAAGGACGGGGUGACUCCGGCCGCCGCCCGGCUCUGCAGCGGCACGCCACGGCGCGGGAGCCGCCCUCCCCCGGAGCCCGCCGCGGGGCGCGGAGCCGCAGUGCGCGCCUCUGCGAGCACUGAGGAGCGGAAAGAAAUCUAUGUCAUGGAUGGAUUAAAAAACCUUCUUCCUAUAUGCAGGAAUGACCAGCAGCAUCUUUAAAAAAAAGAAAACAUUGACUGAUCCUUGUCGGAUAGAGUAACAACAGUAAGAAAGAAGAGUUUGCCAGGAAUGAAUGUGACAGCUGAAGCCACAGCACCUUACGGUCUCUGAACAACAACUUUUUCACAUAAAUUGACAAAAGCGGAGAAGAGAUGGCUAGUUCAGCCCGAGAACAUCUGCUUUUUGUGCGACGUCGCAACCCACAGCUACGGUAUACUCUGAGCCCAGAGAAUCUGCAGAGUUUGGCAUCUCAGGGCACCAUGGCUGAGAACAUGAACUUGCAGCGUGCCAAUAGUGACACUGAUUUAGUGACCUCGGAUAGCAGGUCUAGUCUGACAGCAAGUAUGUAUGAAUACACCUUGGGGCAAUCUCAGAACCUCAUCAUUUUCUGGGAUAUUAAGGAAGAAGUAGACCCAACUGACUGGAUAGGACUUUAUCACAUAGAUGAGAACUCUCCAGCCAAUUUCUGGGAUUCCAAGAAUCGGGGGGUGACUGGCACGCAAAAAGGGCAAAUUGUAUGGCGAAUUGAACCUGGCCCCUAUUUUAUGGAAUCUGAAAUAAAGAUCUGCUUUAAAUACUACCAUGGUGUUAGUGGAGCCCUCCGAGCUACUACUCCAUGUAUCACUGUGAAAAACCCUGCUGUGAUGAUGGGAGUAGAAGGCACGGAUGAAGGUGCUUCUGGAGCCCAGCACUCUAGGAAGUUAGUCAGCUUUACCCUAUCAGAUAUUAGGGCAGUUGGACUUAAAAAAGGCAUGUUCUUCAACCCUGAUCCUUAUUUAAAGAUGUCCAUUCAGCCAGGCAAGAAAAGUACGUUUCCUACAUUUGCUCAUCAUGGCCAGGAAAGAAGGUCGACUAUCAUCAGUAACACAACUAAUCCUGUUUGGCACAGAGAGAAAUAUUCUUUUGUUGCACUUCUAACAGAUGUCCUGGAGAUUGAGGUUAAAGACAAAUUUGCCAAGAGUCGUCCAAUCAUCAAGCGCUUUCUUGGGAAGUUAACCAUACCAGUUCAGAGACUAUUGGAGAGACACGCAAUUGGAGACCAGGUUCUCAGUUAUAAUCUUGGCAGAAGGCUCCCAGCUGAUCAUGUAAGUGGAUAUCUCCAAUUCAAAGUGGAAAUCACAUCUUCUGUUCACGAAGAUGCUUCACUGGAAACAGUUGGCACUUUGUUAGGAGUGAACUCUGUAAAUGGAGACUUGGGAAGCCCCUCCGAUGAUGAGGACAUGCCAACAGGACAUCACGAUACAUCCACAGUGUGUUCCAAUGGUCCAGUCCUCGAGGAAUCUUCUGGAGAAGUAAUCCUGAGACACCCUUUAAGGACUAGUACAACUCUGGAAACGGACCAGGAUGAGUUGACCUCUGGUGCUUCAAGAUCAUCACCUACCAGAGGUCGCCAGGACUCACUAAAUGACUAUCUGGAUGCAAUAGAACACAAUAAUCAUCCCAGACCUGGGAUGUCUGCCUGUGGUGAGCGUCCACGUGGAGCCUCUCCAAAACUGAGGAGUAGCUUCCCUACUGACACAAGACUUAAUGCUAUGCUUCACAUUGACUCAGAUGAAGAGGAACAUGAGCUACAUCAAGACCUGGGUUUUCCAUCUUCCUUGGAAGACGGUGGUGGUUUGGUAAUGCUUAAUGGUGCUACAAGAAAUGUUGAAAGAAAUGGUUUAAGUUACUCAUCAGAUCAGGUAAUGCAAGGGCCUGCAGAGAAUGAAAACGUUUCAGCCUCUGAAGCUCCUUUGCCAUCAACUGAUGACCAGCAAGAGACCCUCCCAGAGCUGCCACCAUCACAGUUAGCAGGAGGUGAAAGCCUGCAAGGUUCUCAAAGUGAAGCACCAGCAGACCAGGCUGGCAGCGAGUCAUGUGCUGCUCAGGAGGCAGAGCAGCCUCCUAGCAGUGCAGACGCAGGAGCUGCCGAUGCUGCUGCUGGGAGCAGAAGGGGCGUUAGUGAAACAGAAUCCAUUGACCAAGGGUCUGAACCUUCCCAGAUGUCAUCAGAAACUGAGCAGAGUGACCCUGCUCGCACAGAAAGCGUCAGUGAGGCUAGUACCCGGCCAGAAGGGGAGAGCGACGUGGAAGGGGCAGACAGCUCUUGCAACGAAAGCGCAACUGUGCGACGUUCCUCAGUUGAAAUGCGGUGUUCUUCUUUUGAAAGUGCCAGGUUUCCUGAGACUCCAGCCUUUUCUUCUCAGGAGGAGGAAGAGGGAGCUUGUGCCACUGGUGCAGCUAGAAUUGAGCCAGGUGCUGAAACACAGGAGUCUGCAAGUACUUCUAGCUCUCUACCUGCAGUACAGUUACCUCAGGAGGAAGUACAGGAGGCUGAGGCAGGAGAAUUACAAGACCAAGAGGAAGCAGAAGAAAUCUGGCAAAGAAGAAUAAGCCUGCAGGCGGCAGCUGCCAAUAGCCAGUCUCAGGAGGAAGAAAUUGAAGGAGCCCAAGCAGCUUGUGAGGGUGCCACAGCACAGGUUGAAGGAGCUACUGGAGGUUCUCAAGCCAACGGCCAUCAGCCCCUGAGGUCGCUGCCUUCAGUACGUCAGGAUGUUAGCCGGUACCAGAGAGUGGAUGAGGCUCUACCACCAAACUGGGAGGCUCGAAUUGACAGCCACGGACGGAUUUUUUACGUGGACCACGUGAACAGGACAACGACAUGGCAGCGACCCACAGCACCCCCAGCCCCACAGAUUCUCCAGAGGUCAAAUUCCAUACAGCAAAUGGAACAGCUGAAUCGCCGGUACCAGAGCAUCCGAAGAACAAUGACUAAUGAUAGGCCUGAAGAGCAUACAAAUGCCGUGGAUGGAGCUGGAGAGGAAACUGACUUUCACCAUUCUAAUGCAGAUUUUCGAAGAGAGAAUGUGCUGCCUCACUCUACCUCCAGAUCCAGACUUACUUUAUUGCUCCAGUCUCCUCCUGUGAAAUUCCUUAUCAGCCCAGAGUUCUUUACAGUGCUGCAUUCUAACCCUAGUGCCUACCGCAUGUUUACAAAUAACACGUGUUUGAAGCACAUGAUCACCAAAGUCCGGCGGGACACCCACCAUUUUGAGCGCUACCAGCAUAAUCGAGAUUUGGUGGGCUUCCUCAACAUGUUUGCUAACAAACAGCUGGAGCUGCCAAGAGGUUGGGAAAUGAAACAUGACCAUCAGGGCAAGGCUUUCUUUGUUGACCACAAUUCCCGCACUACCACGUUCAUUGACCCCCGGCUUCCCUUGCAGAGUAGCAGGCCCACUAGUGCGUUAGUCCAUCGGCAGCACUUAACUAGACAACGCAGCCACAGCGCUGGUGAGGUCGGAGAGGACUCCCGUCAUUCAGGACCACCAGUUUUGCCGAGACCGUCUAGCACAUUUAAUACAGUCAGCAGAGCUCAGUACCAGGAUGUGGUUCCAGUGGCUUACAAUGACAAGAUUGUUGCGUUUUUGCGCCAACCCAAUAUCUUUGAAAUUCUACAAGAGCGUCAACCAGAUCUUACCAGAAAUCAUUCACUCAGGGAGAAGAUCCAGUUCAUCCGGACAGAGGGAACACCUGGGUUGGUGCGUUUAUCCAGUGAUGCAGACCUUGUCAUGUUACUCAGCUUGUUUGAGGAGGAGAUAAUGUCAUAUGUGCCACCACAUGCCUUACUUCAUCCUAGUUAUUGCCAGUCCCCGAGAGGCUCACCGGUGUCUUCGCCUCAGAACUCUCCAGGUACUCAGCGUGCCAAUGCCCGAGCUCCAGCUCCUUACAAAAGAGAUUUUGAAGCCAAGCUGAGGAACUUCUACAGGAAGUUGGAGACUAAAGGAUAUGGACAAGGCCCAGGGAAAUUGAAAUUAAUCAUCAGGAGAGAUCACUUGCUAGAAGAUGCCUUUAACCAGAUCAUGGGCUACUCGAGAAAAGACCUGCAGAGGAAUAAACUCUAUGUCACGUUUGUUGGGGAAGAAGGGUUGGACUACAGUGGGCCUUCAAGAGAGUUUUUUUUCCUGGUGUCUAGAGAGCUCUUCAAUCCAUAUUAUGGUUUGUUUGAGUAUUCAGCCAACGAUACCUAUACAGUACAAAUAAGUCCCAUGUCUGCUUUUGUAGACAAUCACCAUGAGUGGUUCAGGUUUAGUGGUCGAAUUCUUGGUCUUGCUUUGAUACAUCAGUAUUUGCUAGAUGCCUUUUUUACACGGCCCUUUUAUAAAGCCCUCCUCCGAAUACUCUGUGACCUGAGUGACCUGGAAUAUCUCGACGAGGAGUUUCACCAGAGUUUGCAGUGGAUGAAAGACAAUGACAUUCAUGAUAUCCUAGAUCUCACGUUUACUGUAAAUGAGGAAGUUUUUGGGCAGAUCACAGAACGGGAAUUAAAGCCAGGAGGUGCCAACAUCCCAGUCACUGAAAAGAACAAGAAAGAAUAUAUAGAAAGAAUGGUGAAAUGGAGAAUUGAGAGAGGAGUUGUACAACAAACAGAAAGUCUAGUCCGUGGUUUUUAUGAGGUGGUUGAUGCGAGGCUCGUGUCUGUGUUCGAUGCCAGAGAACUGGAACUGGUUAUAGCUGGAACAGCAGAAAUUGACUUGAGCGACUGGAGAAAUAAUACAGAGUAUAGAGGAGGUUAUCAUGACAAUCACAUUGUAAUUCGGUGGUUCUGGGCUGCUGUAGAAAGAUUCAACAAUGAACAACGACUAAGACUUCUACAGUUUGUUACAGGCACGUCCAGCAUACCUUAUGAAGGAUUUGCCUCUUUACGGGGGAGCAAUGGUCCAAGAAGGUUCUGCGUAGAGAAGUGGGGGAAGAUCACUGCUCUUCCAAGGGCUCACACUUGUUUCAAUCGUCUGGACCUUCCCCCUUACCCAUCAUUCUCUAUGUUAUAUGAAAAACUGUUGACAGCAGUUGAAGAGACAAGUACUUUUGGACUUGAGUGAUACACAAACCACAGUGCCCAGCUCAUUGGACUUUUGUGGAUCUGUCUUCUCAAGGAAAUGAAUGAACGUUUGUAUUGGAUUUCCUAGAGGAAAAUUGUUUCACGGUGCAAUUCAAAUAAUGAGGUUCCAUGAAAAAGCUUAUGAAGCAAUUAAAAAGCAUUGUGGUAGUGGCAGAAUUCUCUACAGUGAAACUAGAGUGUGCCUGAUGUGCAGGGAAAACCAAGUCUUGCAAUCCAUGGUUUUUCAGGACGGCCAAACUUCUUAAGUUUAUGUUGUGAGCAAACAAGAAACGUGAUCCCAUGUUGUGAUCAACCUGGCUACUGCAAAACUGACAUGUACCCAAAAACUGGAUUUCAUCAGAGCUGUUGAAUAGAAAAUUCAAGUCAAAAUGUGAAAUCGUUCAGCCCCAUACCUACCCAGUAAAUUAUGACAAAAAUAAUAGAUUUUUUUUUUAAAUUUAUUCAUGAAGGUACAUUAUGUCAUAUGUUACAAUAGCAUAUCCAGUACUUGCUUUACCUAAGAUACGAGUGCCUGCAUGGUGUGCACCAUAGAGCUCAAGUUCCUGGGGCAGAAGUGAGUUGGAAGGAAGGUCAGCAACAAAGGAUGUAACAACAACGGCUUGCAUUAAGGAGGUUUGUGGAAAUUGUGUUUGCCAGUGGUGUGUAUGACAAAAGAUGAGCUGUUAUAAUGAACUUAAUAAGACUGAUUUUAUGCUUUAUACUGCAUGGAAACUAUUUUAAGAAGAAACUAGCAAUUUAUCCCAACAUAUCAGGAAAAAAACCCUAACACAGUGACUUCUGUUUAUUUUUAUAGGUUCAUUAUAUUAUGUUUCUUAGAGUGUAAACAGGAAACAAGCAAACUAAAAUCCUAUUUCUGUUUUUGUCACUUUCCAUGCUUGAACAAACAUUCUGCUAGUGUUUAUUCUUUAAGCACUCUCAAGGGAAAAAAAUGCCUUUUAUUUUUAUAAGAGUAAAAAAAACUCCCAAAAAUAUUUUGCACUGAAUGUACCAAAGUUGAAGGGACACCAUGAUCUGACUGAUAGCAAACUGCAUCACUAUCAAGUAUCUGUAAAAAUGCUUAGGAACCAGGCUUUCUUCACGGUGCCAUGUCUAUAGAUAUCAGGACUGUGCACAUAAGUAAUAAUUUUAUAAUACUAUAUGUGAUAUUGUAAUAUGCAUUUAUUUUAAAUGCAUCCAAGUCAUUUUUCAUGCAUUGGAUAACUUAAUGCAGUGGAGUUUAAUACAGAUAUUUCAUAUACCCCCCACAACUUUUUAUUUGUACAGCACCAUAAAACACUAGCUCAUUUGGAAAUCUAUGAGUAACCUACUUUAAGAUGAGCCACUGGUCAUAAUGCCACUGUCCCGUAUCAGCGAACACCUACAAGAUGUAAACUAUUCAUAGUGUCUAAGCUUGCAUUUUCACUGAUAAAUAGUUUUCUUAUCAAAUGUUAUUUGAAAGAAGUUUUUAUGGCGUAUCAAGCACUGCAUGGACACCAAUUUCUUUAUGCUUAAUUUUGCUGAAAUACACAAGGCUUGCUCGCAUCUAUUUUUGGUACUUUCCUCCAGAUGGUCUUGUGGAACACUUGCGCAGCUGCGCACCAUUUCUCGUAUAGCUGCUGUCACGCAGUGCAUCCACCACAUUUUAAAAUUCCAGGAAGUUGCACUUGGAUACUGGAUGACAAGAACUUGAAUCUAGCUUUGCGCUAGCCCUCUUGAUAGCACUGAAGCACAGCAAGCCCUGUUCUGGGGGAAAAGUAGCUUUUGAAGUAACAUUCUCACUUUGGAGACUCUUGAAAGGGCAUCUCAGGGAGGUAUCCUGCUUGGUCUUGUGGGAGGUUUUUUCCAAUGGAUAUGAACGUCUACGGAGAUGUCGUCAGCAAAGACUGCCACUCUACCCUCCAAGUCGGAGGAAAGCAGGUGCAGCUGCCUGUGGUGGUGGCAGCAAAGACUGAGGAAACCCUUCAGGCUUACCGAGAAAAUGUUACCUGUGCAAAUGAAAACCCACUUGCAAAAUCAGAGUGAAAGCAUUCUUUUAUUUCAGGAAUAAUUGAGCUUCUGCAUGACAUCUGGAACUCACUUAACAGAUUUUCUUACACUACUUCUGGCUGGUAUGAAGCAGCAAAGAAAAAUCCAAACACGUCACCCUAUUUUUACACAUAUAUUUAUCAGUCUUUGCUAAGAUUGCAUGUCACAGAUCCUAACGCCCAUCUCUUUUUCAGAACACGGAUGAGCAGUAGGCAAACUGACUUUUCAUCAGGUCACUCCAGCAUGGCUCAUGUUUCAUAUGAUCUGCUCACUGAGUAGCUAAAACUCUGGCAUUCAAAGCAGAAUGCAACUUUUGGUUGGCUGAAGGACUGCAGAAUUUUGAUUUUACAAUACUGUGUUAUCUGUGGUCUAAAAAGGAGAUUUCCCAGGUGGAAACUGUAUCUACACAUUUUGAACUAGAAACUCUUUGGAAUGAAAAGUUUAAAUAUUUGGCACAAAGUAAGUUUAUACUAGUCUGCCUUUUAAGUUAUGCUUUUGUACAAAACAAAACCAAUAAAUGCAUCUGGUCAAUUUUUAUU